UGUGAGGCAUUGUGCCAAUUACUUCAAUGGCGCCCAAGGGGAAACCGAGCUCCGGCGAUGAAUCAUCAGGUAAUGGCCGUCGCAAUCCACCGGCCACGUACCGAGCCGAGGAGGAUGACGGAGGGUACCCGGAGACAGUAAUGUUUCCCCCCGCGCGUGGCGGAAGCGGUGGGCAAGAGGAGGAGUAUCCGACAACCAUGGCGUUUCCUCCUCCCAUGGCCGAGCCGGCGGACGACGGCGGGUAUCCUGAGACGGUGAUGUUUCCUCCUCAGAAACCGAAAGCAGGUCGGCCUCCGGUAGACGACGACGGUGGCUAUCCUGAGACGGUGAUGUUCCCUCCGCAGAAACCGAAAGCAGGUCGGCCUCCGGUAGACGACGACGGCGGGUACCCUGAGACUGUCAUGUUUCCUCCUCGGCAACUCGGCGGCCAGGUGGACGACGGGUAUCAAGAGACGGUGCAAUAUCCUCCUCAACGACCCGACCGACAGUGGAACGAGCCACGGAAAUCUCGACCGCCGCCGCCACCUCCUCAGCCAUUUCAACCUGAAACAGUGGAAUUUCCUCCUCGAGGCUCCGUUCGACAGGGGAACGAUAGACGCCAACCAGCACCGCCGCCACGUGCCGGACAAGUCCCAAGUUUUCAACCAGAAGCAGUCCCUUGGCCUCCACAGCCACCACCCCCGCCUCGUCCGACGACGCCGGCGCUCGCUCCGGGGAAUCCAUGGAAUUCGCAACUGUUUGACUGCGGCCAAGAUUCCAACAACGCGGUGAUCACGGCCUUCUGCCCCUGCGUCACCUUCGGCCAGAUCGCUGAGAUCGUAGAUCAGGGCCAAACAUCUUGUGUUCUUGGAGGUUUCAUGUACGGCCUGCUCAUGUCCAUUUUAUCGUGUUCUGUGUUGGGCGCCACGUACCGAUCGAGGCUGAGGCAGAUGUAUAACCUGAACGAAGCUCCCGGAGAGGAGUGGAUCCUGCACAUCUUUUGUCCAUUUUGUGCUCUCUGCCAGGAGUACAGAGAGCUCUACAGCAGAGGAUUAGACCCUUCUAUAGGUUGGGCAGGGCUUGCUGCUGGACAGGGACGGCAGAUGAACCCGCAGAUGACUCCCCCGAAGAUGCCGCCGGCGAUGCACAGAUGAAAUGACUCACUGUGUGACCAUGAGGAUGGACGUGGUGUAUGUUUUUGUUGAUUAGUUCUUGUUCUACUUUGGAUUGAAGAGCUUAUUACUCAUAAAUUGCAGUGGAUUUGUCAGUUAAGGUUUGCAUGGAUUCUUUUACAAAGUUUUUAUUGUUCCACAUAUGUAUGAUUUACUGAUUCAAAGAGAGAGAUUGAGACUA